AUGUCGUUGGUGCACCAAACCUCUGUGAUUAUAAAUAAAACUAAAGACGCUUCUUCUUACACUAAGCAGAGCACUAAACUUGCCGGCCAACCAAUCCCAGAUCUGAAUCUUAAUAAAACCUAAACCUCUCUCAAAAUCUCUUAAUUCUUCAUCGUUUGUUUCAUCAUGGCUUCGUCUUCUAACUACGAUGGAAUCCUUCUCGGUAUGGGUAACCCGCUCCUCGAUAUCUCUGCCGUCGUCGACGACGAGUUUCUCACCAAGUACGACAUCAAGUUGAACAAUGCAAUUCUCGCUGAGGAAAAACAUUUACCCAUGUAUGAUGAGAUGAGUAGCAAGUUCAAUGUUGAAUACAUUGCCGGAGGUGCUACUCAGAACUCAAUCAAAGUUGCUCAGUGGAUGCUUCAAACUCCUGGGGUAACCAGUUACAUGGGUUCCAUUGGAAAAGACAAAUAUGGAGAGGCUAUGAAGAAGGAUGCUACAGCAGCUGGUGUCAAUGUUCACUAUUAUGAAGAUGAGUCAGCACCUACUGGAACUUGCGGUGUCUGUGUUGUUGGUGGAGAAAGGUCUCUUAUUGCUAAUCUUUCAGCUGCAAACUGCUACAAGGUUGAUCACCUUAAGCAGCCUGAAAACUGGGCUUUGGUUGAGAAGGCCAAGUUCUACUACAUUGCUGGAUUCUUCCUCACAGUAUCGCCUGAAUCCAUUCAGUUGGUAUCUGAGCAUGCUGCUGCAAACAACAAGGUGUUCACAAUGAACCUUUCUGCUCCAUUCAUCUGUGAAUUCUUCAAAGAUGUGCAGGAGAAGUUCUUACCAUACAUGGACUUUGUUUUCGGCAAUGAAACAGAGGCAAGAACCUUCUCCAAAGUUCACGGCUGGGAGACCGAAGAUGUUGAACAAAUAGCCAUCAAGAUUUCGCAGCUUCCCAAGGCCACAGGAACAUACAAGAGGACCACCGUGAUUACACAGGGCGCAGAUCCAGUGGUUGUUGCUGAAGAUGGAAAGGUGAAGAAAUAUCCAGUCAUCCCUCUCCCCAAGGAGAAGCUGGUUGACACCAACGGUGCAGGUGAUGCAUUUGUGGGAGGAUUCAUGUCACAGUUGGUGAAACUGACAUGAUCAUAGAACAUAGCUGAUCCUUUAGCAUUUUAAACGAACUUGUCUCCUCAAGACUGAUACAAAACAUAACCAAUACCGAUGAAUUUAACGGCUAUUUUUGUUGAUCUCUCUUACAGGUGAUGCAUUUGUGGGAGGAUUCAUGUCACAGUUGGUGAAACUGACAUGAUCAUAGAACAUAGCUGAUCCUUUAGCAUUUUAAACGAACUUGUCUCCUCAAGACUGAUACAAAACAUAACCAAUACCGAUGAAUUUAACGGCUAUUUUUGUUGAUCUCUCUUACAGGUGAUGCAUUUGUGGGAGGAUUCAUGUCACAGUUGGUGAAAGAGAAAUCGAUUGAGGAAUGUGUGAAGGCUGGAUGCUAUGCAUCGAACGUGGUGAUCCAAAGAUCUGG